AUGCGGGUCAGCAGAAGAUUUCAAGGGCUAAUUCGUGCUAGGUUUAGGAAUAUUCUCUACCUUGAAAUUUAUAAAUCCGAUAUUUAUUCUAUUUCGUCGAAGAAUGAACCAAUAAAUGGUUGGAUAUUUCGCUUAACAAUUAUUUUUGAUCAGCCUGAACGUACAUUUUAUAAAUAUGGUCAGAUUUUGGCUGAAGCAACUCAACGUUCGAUGAAAUUUGUUGUUCAUGAUAAAUGGUCAUCUAUUGAUGUUCAGCGAUUAUUCAGUGCCAUUCGUUUAUUCGCUCCACUGGUACAUACUGUAUCGAUUUAUAAGGUUUUGAACGAUUGGUCUUUAUCAUUUAUAAAUUCGCACACAAUAUGGCAGUUUCAGAUGGAUGUUUCCAUUUUGGAAUUGGUUGUAGCUGGAGUCUCAAGCAUGGAUUUAUCUAGGUGGUAUUCCUUUCAAUGCUAUCUUCAAAAAUUCAGUGAUUCAGUGGGAGAGGAAUUCAUGCAUCUGCAUUGUAUAGCGACAUUUUCCGACCAAUCGUUAUUUCCUAAGCUUAAAGAGGCAACUAUACGAGUAAAUGAAAAAGAAUUUUCUAUUUUGUCCCGAAUAAGUCAAUAUGCGAUUAAAGUGAAUGGAAUUUUUCCGAUAGAGUCACUGGAAAACUUUCGUAUAAGCCUUAUAUCCAAUCAUGGUCACCUCACUGUUUUCAAUGCAUCAAGAAGAAAGAACGCGAAAUCCUUGUUGAUUUUCAAAGAUUGGAUUGGGAUUUCAAAUCUAAACGAACGUUAUUGUCAACAAUAUGUCAUACCGUGCAAGUAA